UUCCACAAUUUCAAGCUUCCUUCUUUUCUUUUUCAGCUUACUUCAAAGAAAAAUCUCCGCCAAAGCUCCCCAAUCCCUAACCCUAAUUCUCUAAUUGACCGUGAAAUUCAAUGGAGAUCGCCAUAGUUUCCGACGCCAUAUCAUCGAUCGCUCACUCAGCGCAGUCGCUAGGCUUUUCGAGCCUCCUCCUCAAUCGCCCGCACAACGUUCUUUCCCUCCACGACACGUCACCGGAUCAAGCAUCGCAAUCGCCGCCUCCGUUCCAAAUCUCGGCUGCUUCUCCGCCGCCCACGCGGACGCUCACGAGGCGGCCGCUCCGGAGAUCCCGCCGCGUGAAGCGGAAAAUCACGGCUGAUGAUGGCGGCGAUUUCAGCAACGAGGAUGCGCGUUUUGUUUUUGUUGGUGAUGGAGGGAAUUUCAAUAAUGGUGAUGGAUAUUUUGGGGGAGGUGGUGGUGGGGGCAAGGGGUGGAAUUUUGGUGGCUACGGAGGGGCUAAUUGGGAAGAGUAUCCGAAUAAUUCGAUACAUGAUCCGGCGUUUGAUGUUGUUUAUGAGGUAUUGUGUUGGAUUGCAAUGUCAAAUUGCUUGCAUUUUGCGGUGAAGAAGGUGGUUAAGUUUGUUGCUGAUGGUUUUGGUGAUCGGGAAAAGCUACAAAUGCAAUUGACUCCGGUCUGCUAGACGAUUGAAAUGAAUAUGCAUUGCAUUAAAUAAGUUUAGGUGGUUUAGUUUUCUGUAAUUGGUGUAAAUAAUGGUGUGUAUAUAUUUAUCUAAUUGCCUUUCGUGAAAGGUUGUUGAAUCAUAAUUUGCUAUUAAUGCAAUUUGUACAAACUAUUGAUUUAGAUAUUGUUUAUUUGGAAUAUAUAGCAGGGCAUGUCUCAUUCA